AUGGCCGACACCAACACCACGCUUAGAGAAGCUCCAUUGCGAGUCGCUAUCAUUGGCGGUGGCAUCAGUGGUCUUUCAACGCUGCUGGGGAUUCUUCACCACUGUCCGCGAACUCGAGUCAUUCCACAUCUCUACGAGGCGGCCUCCAAAUUUUCCGAGAUCGGUGCUGGCGUCGGCUUUGGCCCGAAUGCAGUUCGCUCGAUGCACGUCGUAGACCCUGCCCUACACGCUAGCUAUCAACGUAUUGCGGCAAAGGCACCAGUGGUCGAAAGGGAUGGGAAGAAGAUGGUCGCGUGGCACUAUUUCAUCAUGGGCAUGGACGGCAGAGGUGUCUCCGGCAUCAAUGACCUAAAGGGCCUGGAGGAGGUGCCGGGAGCAACGCCAUACAACCACAACACCACGCACAAUGUGCAUCGAGCGGCAUUUCUCGAAGAGAUGCUCAAGCUUCUGCGGAGCAAGGAUCAGCAUGAUUACGUGACGUUCAACAAAAGGCUUGACGACAUUGUCAAAUGUGGAGACGGUCUGCGCUUGAGCUUCGCCGACGGAAGCACUGAUGAGGUGGACGCGGUCAUUGGUGCUGACGGUGUGAAGAGCAGAGUCCGGAAGAUCGUGAUGGGCCUGCAGUAUGAGCCACGGUUCACUGGCAAGUAUACUUAUCGAGGUCUAGUUCCAACCCAGAAGGUCGAGGAGUGCAUAGGUCACUGGGCGAACGAGAACAUCAUCAUCACAGGCUACGGAGGCCACAUCGUUGGCUUCCCCAUAGAUCAGGGCAAGACAUUCAAUAUUGUCGCCUUCAAUACGCCAAAGACGAAAGGUCGGACUUGGGAACAUGGUGAAGAAUGGGUAGUGCAAAGCAGCAGUGAAGCAGUGCUCGAAGACUUUGCCGGAUGGGACCACCGAGUCCGAAGGAUGCUGUCAAUGCUUGACCGACCGGAGAAGUGGGGCUUGUUCGAUGUGCCCCAGCUCCCAAGCUAA